AUGGGGGAGAGGAUCUUUAAGUCAGCACCAGCUGUGGCUGCCUCGAUAGCAGUGGUAGUGACUGAGGAGAUAACGGUGGUAAAACGAGAUGUCGACUUCCAUGUGCAAAUGCAUCCAGAGAUAAAUAGCCCUCAUGCCCUAUUUGUGCUGAGUCAGUGUUUAAUUGACGUACGAAUGAAAGAUCAAGAGCUAGACAAUGGGAUUGUGGAAUGCAUGAUUGGUGGUAGAAACAAAGAAAAGCGGGGCGUAGUGGAUGCUCUCGAAAAUCCCAUUCCCCCGUUGAGCAUUCCUCUCCACGGCAUCCUACGAUCGCCUACCCUCGUCUGUCUCUACAUCCUCAUUCUCCUCCACCGCCUUCAGUAA